AUGAAUCUAACAAUCAAAUGUAAAGUUUGUGGAUCAGAGGAAUCAAAGUCGAUCGAUGAGUUUAGAUUACAUGGUAUCAAUCAUUGUAUACCGUCAAUUGCAAGAUACUUUGGAGUUCAGUUUUACGAUCUAUCACAACCACAACAACUACAAGAUGAAAGGGAUAGUAAUCAGUUACAAGAUAAUCAACAAGAAGAUAUAUCAAAAUAG